AUGAUAACUUGUUUGCCGUGUGCGAGAGAAGGGACAGUGAGACAAGCAGCCUUCUUCUUGUGCCCCUCACCGAGCAGCUGCAGCGGGCCACAAGGCUGGGCGGUCUGCAGCUCUCCCGUGCCUGCGGAUGGGUUGGUUGGCUUUUUGUCCGGCGCUGGGAAUGCCACCCAAUGGGCCGGUGAUUACCGUUGGAUGAACGCUGCGGUGAGUGGCGCGACAAGGAUUGCCGACGGCUUUAAUCUGACAGGGUCCGCGUUGCGGAUUGUGUGGCCAGUGAUUGAGCGGGCGGGGGCGCCGGCGUACAGCUCUGCUUUGCUGGGCGUGAGCGUGAGCGUGGGCCGGCACGUGCAGGAGCUGAGCCCGAGCUAG